ACCAUUUCAUCCUCCACAGCUCACAAUCUCUCUCUCUCUCUCUCUCUCUCUCUCUCUCUCUGCGUUUCUUCUGGGAUUCGGUUCCAUUGGUUGAUCCCAACCCUUUCGUUGGCCAUGGACUAUCGGACGUUGAAGGACGAUGAGACGGAGGAAGAAAUCUCGGAUUCGUUUCUGUGCUGCGUCUGCCUGGAACUUCUUUACAAACCAAUUGUGCUAUCAUGUGGUCAUCUAUCAUGUUUUUGGUGUGUUCACAAGUCCAUGAAUGGUCUACGCGAGUCCCAUUGCCCCAUCUGUAGAGACCCUUAUCUCCACUUUCCAUCUGUCUGCCAAAAGCUUCAUUUUUUGCUGAAGAAGCUAUACCCUCUUGCUUACAGGAAGAGAGAGGAACAGAUUCUAAAGGAAGAAUGGGAGCAAGGUUGUUUUUCUCCACAGAUUGAUGCUGUCUUGAAUGAGCCAAAAACUGCUGCAGAAUCGGGUUGUAAUGGAACUUCCGUAAAUAUAUCUGGUGGAGGACAAAAGGAGGAAGAAUGCCCCAGUGAUGUGAAGACGCUUACUAGUUCUCCAGAUAAAGGUGACAGUCCAUGCAUCACCAACAAUGGAGAAUCCAAAGCUGCAGAAACUGCUGAUGAGGAUGAUUUGUCUAGGACCAAAAAAGACCGUAAAGAGAUUUCGAAAGAUGAUUUGCUCUGUUCUGCAUGUAUGAAGCUGCUCGUCCGACCUGUAGUUCUCAACUGUGGCCAUGUAUACUGCAAAGCAUGCAUCAUGAAUCCAAUAGAAGAAAACGAGAAGAUUAGGUGUCAAGAAUGCCAAGCUCUGGACCCAAGGGGAUUUCCGAAAGUAUGUCUGGUUCUUGAGCAUUUCUUGAAGGAAAUAGCACCCGAGGAAUAUACUUCUCGGAGCAAUGACACUGAGAGAAAGCAAAUCCAGAAUAAUACGAGGAGUUCUCAAACUUCCCAUAAAGGAGGUCCAUCUUUACCAUCUACGAAUGAUCUUCUCUGGUGGGCGAACCCUGGAUCGAACGUUCACAUAGGAGCCGGUUGUGAUUCUUGCGGAAUAUAUCCCAUAGUGGGGGACCGGUAUAGAUGCAAAGACUGCAAGGAAGAAAUCGGGUAUGACCUCUGCAGCGAGUGCUACAACACUCGUUCCAAGCUCCCGGGGAGGUUCAAUCAGCAACACACCCCGGACCACCGGCUCGAGCGUGUGGACGUCCCUCAGCUACGUUUCGUGACACGACUCCUCGAAGACGGGACCAAUUCCAUCGUUUUCCUACCAGAAUCUCCCACGGGAGACGGCGGGAACAUCUCUGGACCUGGUUCCGACGACGACGAAGACAGAGCCGCCCCGAAUCAGAACGAGGACGAAGAGUCCAGUGACCGGACUUAUCCACGAUCAAGCUCUAUCUGAAACCGACAAAACCCAUGUCCAAAGAGGGCUAAAACUUGUGGCUUUAGGACAAAUUUAUCAUUUUUCAGUCAUAAAUUGGAAUCAUCAAAGUAUGGUGACGGGAAAAGAGAAGUCAACCUCGGUGAUGAAGGCAGAGAGAGUGAGUUAGUUCAAUGGAAAGCCUCUUCCUGACUAUUUGGAAUAUGCUAUCACUGUCUAAAGCUUAAUGUGAUUUUCUUUGUUGCUCGA